AUGCGAUUAUCUAUGGGCGAAAGAAGGAAAAAGGAAAUAUUUAAUUAUGUAAUUAAAAUCUACACCUACAUACAGUGGAUUAUCAAUAAUCUUGCUGUCGAAGUGACACGACAACUUAUUUUACUGAGAAAUUCUUUUCAAGUUAAACGAAAGUCAAAAUCAAUUACAGAAGUUUCAAAUCACUUCACUCAACAUACGAAAACAAAUCACACUAUGAAAAAGCGCAUUGUGGGGAAAAUUUGUAGACAAAGACACAAAAAAAAAUCUAGACGAGACUUUCAAUUUCCAUCAAUUUCUCGCAUCCGAUGUUCAGUUCGAACGAUAAUUCUUGUCUUCUACUUUUUCUACCGUUGCGUUGUAACAAAUGAUUUUUAUGGUAGCAGAACAAAUGUUGGAACAUCGUUAGGCAUCACGUCACUUGAAGCAGAAAUGAGAGACAGGCUGACCAAAGAGCGCAGUUUAACAAUGUCAGAUUAA